UGCAAGGGAGCUGAGAGGCGUGUCCACAUAAGCAUUCGCACUCUUUCCUGGGACCUGGGGUCUGAGCCGGGAUAAAUCUCAUCCCAACCCCCCAUCAGUGAAAAUUUGGAGCCUCCAAACUGGACAGUAACUCUGCAGGCAACUCCCCGCCCAGCGCGCCAGCUUUUGUCCGGGCCGUAUAUGUGCUAGAAGAGACUCAUUCUCUUCCCUUAGAUUGGAAAGCGAACGGUUCUGUGGCUGGUGGGUAAGCGCAAGCUCUUUCUUGGCGUGCCUCUCACGAGAAUUACGGUACCCAUUCCUGAUUCCUUUGACUGUCUCCGGCGGCAGCGGCGACGGCGAGAAAAUCGCUUUUUUGCUUGUAGAUCCCGAGCAGCCAUGGCCGAGCGCCGCGCCUUCGCCCAGAAGAUCAGCAGAACUGUGGCAGCUGAAGUUAGGAAGCAGAUUUCAGGACAAUACGGGGGAUCUCCACAACUUCUGAAGAACCUUAACAUUGGAGGCAGUGUAUCUCAUCACACAACUGUGCCUCUUACUGAGCCUGUGGACCCAGUGGAUUUGGAAGAUUACCUUCUUACACAUCCACUUGCAAUGGAUUCUGGACCUUUGAGGGACUUGCUUGAAUUUCCUUCAGAUGAUAUUGAAGUUAUCUACAGUCCCCGAGAAUGCAGAACGCUUGUGUCAGCUGUACCUGAAGAGAGUGAAAUGGACCCUCAUGUAAGGGACUGUGUAAGAAAAUACACAGAAGACUGGGCCAUCGUGAACAGAAAAUAUCACAAACUGGGAACAGGAUUUAAUCCCAACACAUUAGACAAGCAGAAGGAAAGACAGAAAGGCCUACCGAAGCAGAUCUUCGAGUCUGAUGAAGCUCCAGAUGGUAGCAGUUAUCAGGAUGAACAAGAUGAUCUUAAACGACGGUCCAUGUCAAUAGAUGAUACGCCACGUGGUAGCUGGGCUUGCAGUAUUUUUGACUUGAAAAAUUCCCUCCCAGAUGCACUGCUUUCAAAUCUUUUGGAUCGAACCCCAAAUGAAGAAAUUGACCAUCAAAAUGAUGAUCAGAGGAAAUCCAACAGACACAAGGAACUUUUUGGAUUGCAUCCAGCCCCGGAGGAGGAGGAGCCAAUAGAAAGGCUGAGUAUCCCUGAAAUCCCCAAAGAGCACUUUGGACAGAGGCUUCUUGUGAAGUGUUUGUCACUAAAGUUUGAAAUUGAAAUAGAGCCAAUUUUUGCAAGUUUAGCAUUGUAUGACGCUAAAGAAAAGAAAAAGAUUUCAGAAAACUUCUACUUUGAUUUAAACUCAGAACAAAUGAAAAGCAUGUUGCGUCCUCAUAUACCACCUGCUGCCAUAACAACAUUAGCCCGAUCUGCUAUCUUUUCUAUUACUUAUCCUUCUCAAGAUGUUUUUCUGGUAAUAAAGCUGGAAAAGGUACUUCAACAGGGAGAUACUGGGGAAUGUGCAGAGCCAUAUAUGAUUUUAAAAGAAGCAGAUGCUGCUAAGAACAAGGAAAAACUGGAGAAACUGAAAAGCCAAGCAGAACAAUUUUGUCAAAGGCUUGGCAAAUAUCGAAUGCCUUUUGCAUGGACAGCCAUUCACUUAAUGAACAUAGUCAGCAGUGCAGGAAGUUUGGAGAGAGACUCGACAGAAGUAGAAAUUGCUGCAGGAGAACGCAAAGGAUCUUGGUCCGAGAGAAGAAAUUCUAGCAUCGUUGGUAGGCGUUCUUUGGAAAGAACCACUAGUGGGGAUGAGGCCUGCAAUCUGACAAACUUCAGACCAGCUACCCUCACAGUGACUAACUUCUUUAAACAGGAAGGUGACCGUCUAAGUGAUGAAGAUCUGUAUAAGUUUCUUGCAGAUAUGAGAAGGCCAUCUUCUGUUCUACGGAGGUUGAGACCCAUUACAGCCCAAUUGAAAAUAGAUAUUUCUCCAGCUCCAGAGAACCCACAUUAUUGUCUAACUCCAGAGUUACUGCAAGUAAAACUUUACCCUGAUAGCAGAGUUCGCCCAACAAGGGAGAUCCUGGAGUUUCCUGCAAGAGAUGUUUAUAUUCCAAACACAACAUAUAGAAACCUUCUAUAUGUAUAUCCUCAGACUCUUAACUUUGCCAACCGGCAAGGAUCUGCUCGGAAUAUUACUGUAAAAGUCCAGUUUAUGUAUGGCGAGGAUCCAAGUAAUGCAAUGCCGGUAAUCUUUGGAAAAUCCAGUUGUGCAGAAUUUUCAAAGGAAGCUUACACAGCUGUUGUGUAUCAUAACAGAUCUCCUGAUUUUCAUGAAGAAAUCAAGAUUAAACUCCCUGCCACACUAACUGAUCACCACCACCUGCUUUUCACUUUUUAUCAUGUCAGUUGCCAGCAAAAACAAAACACUCCACUUGAGACUCCUGUUGGAUACACGUGGAUACCAAUGCUCCAAAAUGGACGGCUGAAGACUGGCCAGUUCUGCCUUCCUGUUUCAUUGGAGAAGCCACCGCAGGCCUAUUCUGUCCUCUCUCCAGAGGUGCCCCUGCCAGGAAUGAAGUGGGUGGAUAACCAUAAGGGAGUUUUUAAUGUAGAAAUAGUAGCUGUAUCAACCAUUCAUACACAGGACCCUUACCUUGACAAAUUCUUUGCACUUGUUCAUGCCCUUGAUGAACACAUGUUCCCCGUGCGAAUAGGUGACAUGAGAAUUAUGGAAAAUAACUUGGAAAAUGAAUUAAAGAGCAGCAUUUCAGCAUUAAGUUCAUCUCAGCUGGAACCUGUGGUGCGAUUUCUCCAUCUCCUGCUUGACAAACUGAUUCUUUUGGUUGUAAGAUCUCCUAUUAUAGCAGGCCAAAUAGUUAAUCUGGGUCAAGCAUGUUUUGAAGCCAUGGCAUCUAUUAUAAACAGACUACAUAAAAACCUAGAAGGAAACCAGGACCAGCAUGGCAGAAACAACCUGCUCACUUCGUAUAUUUACUAUGUUUUUCGCUUACCAAACACCUCUCCCAAUUCACCAUCACCAGGCCCUGGUGGUUUGGGAGGAUCAAUGCAUUAUGCAACAAUGGCUCGUUCAGCUGUCAGACCGGCAAGCCUAAACUUGAAUCGCUCCAGGAGCCUUAGUAACAGUAAUCCAGACAUAUCUGGAACCCCAACCUCACCCGAUGAUGAAGUACGGUCAAUCAUUGGCAGUAAGGGCUUAGAUCGCUCCAAUUCCUGGGUAAAUACUGGUGCUCCAAAAGCUGCCCCAUGGGGAUCCAACCCCAGUCCAAGUGCAGAGACUACACAGGCUACAGAUCGAAGUUGUAAUCGUAUGUCUUCACACACAGAGACGUCAAGUUUCUUACAAACAUUAACAGGACGGUUACCAACUAAAAAGCUCUUCCAUGAAGAAUUGGCCUUGCAGUGGGUUGUCUGCAGUGGGAGUGUACGUGAAGCAGCUCUUCAGCAGGCCUGGUUCUUCUUUGAACUUAUGGUGAAAAGUAUGGUGCAUCAUUUGUAUUUUGCUGACAAACUCGAUGCACCAAGGAAGAAUCGUUUUCCAGAGCGCUUCAUGGAUGACAUAGCUGCUCUGGUCAGCACAAUUGCCAGUGAUAUAGUCUCCCGGUUUCAGAAGGAUACAGAAAUGAUUGAAAGACUCAACACUAGCUUAGCGUUCUUUCUCAAUGAUCUGUUGUCUGUCAUGGAUAGAGGAUUUGUCUUUUGCCUUAUUAAGGCCUAUUACAAGCAGGUGUCAUCCAAGCUUUAUUCCAUACCAAACCCGAGCACUCUUGUGUCCUUGAGGCUAGACUUCCUUCGGAUUGCCUGUAGCCAUGAACACUAUGUUACCCUGAAUUUACCCUGCAGUCUGCUGACACCCCCUGCAUCCCCAUCACCUUCAGUAUCUUCAGCAACAUCUCAGAGUUCUGGAUUCUCAACGAAUGUUCAAGAUCAGAAGAUUGCAAAUAUGUUUGAACUGUCUGUGCCUUUCCGCCAGCAGCACUACUUGGCGGGCCUGGUGCUUACUGAGCUGGCUGUCAUUUUAGAUCCUGAUGCAGAAGGUUUGUUUGGAUUGCACAAGAAAGUCAUCAAUAUGGUACACAAUUUACUAUCCAGCCAUGACUCCGACCCACGGUACUCUGACCCGCAGGUAAAGGCCAGGGUAGCUACACUAUACCUGCCUCUGAUUGGAGUGAUAAUGGAGAGUGUGCCCCAGCUGUAUGAUUUCACAGAAAGUCACAAUCAGCGUGGAAGGCCAAGCUGCACAACAGUGGAAGACUAUGAAAGUGAGGGUGGAAGUAUGAUAAGUCAAACUGUUGCUAUGGCUAUUGCAGGAACUUCAGUCCCGCAACUUGCCCGGCCCAGCAGUUUUCUCCUUACUUCAUCGACCGGCAGGCAACAUUCAACCUUUUCAGCCGAGUCCAGUCGGAACCUUUUGAUUUGUCUCUUGUGGGUCUUGAAGAAUGCUGAUGAAAGUAUUCUGCAGAAAUGGUUCACAGAUCUGUCUGUGUUGCAGCUCAACCGCUUGCUGGAUUUGCUUUAUCUCUGUAUUUCCUGCUUUGAAUACAAGGGCAAGAAAGUAUUUGAAAGAAUGAACAGUCUUACCUUUAAGAAGUCAAAAGAUAUGAGAGCCAAGCUUGAAGAAGCUAUUCUAGGGAGUAUUGGGGCAAGACAAGAAAUGGUACGGCGAAGCAGAGGACAGCUGGAAAGAAGUCCUUCUGGGAGUGCAUUUGGAAGUCAAGAGAACCUGAGAUGGAGAAAGGAUAUGACUCACUGGCGACAGAACACAGAAAAACUUGACAAAAGCCACAAACCAGCCAGAUCAAGAGCAGAGAUAGAGCAUGAGGCACUUAUUGAUGGCAACUUGGCAACUGAAGCAAAUCUAAUCAUUUUGGAUACUUUAGAGAUAAUCGUCCAGACAGUCUCGGUGACUGAAUCCAAGGAAAGUAUUCUUGGUGGGGUACUGAAGGCUCUGUUGCAUAGCAUGGCCUGUAAUCAGAGUGCACUUUACCUGCAACACUGCUUUGCCACUCAGCGGGCUUUGGUCUCAAAGUUCCCAGAACUGCUGUUUGAGGAAGAAACCGAGCAAUGUGCUGAUUUAUGCCUACGACUCCUUCGCCAUUGUAGCAGUAGUAUUAGCACCAUACGCUCACACGCCAGUGCCUCUCUGUACCUCCUUAUGAGGCAAAACUUUGAGAUUGGGAAUAACUUUGCCAGAGUGAAAAUGCAAGUGACAAUGUCACUGUCCUCUUUAGUGGGAACAUCUCAGAAUUUUAAUGAGGAAUUUCUGAGGCGUUCCCUGAAGACCAUUUUGACCUAUGCUGAAGAGGACCUGGAACUGAGGGAGACAACAUUUCCUGAUCAGGUACAGGAUCUUGUUUUCAAUCUCCAUAUGAUCCUGUCUGAUACAGUUAAAAUGAAAGAACAUCAGGAAGAUCCAGAGAUGUUGAUUGACUUGAUGUACAGAAUUGCAAAGGGUUACCAGAAUUCCCCUGAUCUCCGGCUUACCUGGCUGCAGAACAUGGCUGGAAAGCACUCUGAGAGGAGCAACCAUGCAGAAUCAGCUCAGUGUUUGGUCCACUCUGCUGCACUUGUUGCUGAAUACUUAAGUAUGCUUGAGGAUCGAAAAUAUCUUCCUGUUGGAUGUGUUACAUUUCAGAACAUCUCCUCAAAUGUUUUAGAAGAAUCUGCAGUUUCUGAUGAUGUUGUAUCGCCAGAUGAAGAAGGAAUCUGCUCUGGAAAGUAUUUUACUGAAGCUGGCCUAAUUGGAUUGCUGGAGCAAGCUGCAGCUUCUUUCUCCAUGGCUGGCAUGUAUGAAGCAGUCAAUGAGGUUUACAAAAUCCUUAUUCCAAUUCAUGAAGCUAACAGAGAUGCCAAGAAACUGUCUGCAAUUCAUGGUAAACUUCAGGAGGCAUUCAGCAAGAUCGUUCAUCAGAGUACUGGCUGGGAGGAUGGUAAGCGAAUGUUUGGUACAUAUUUCCGUGUUGGCUUUUAUGGGACAAAAUUUGGAGACCUGGAUGAGCAAGAGUUUGUUUAUAAGGAGCCUGCAAUAACAAAACUGGCUGAAAUCUCUCAUCGAUUAGAGGGAUUCUAUGGAGAAAGGUUUGGUGAAGAUGUUGUUGAAGUAAUUAAGGACUCUAACCCUGUCGAUAAAUGCAAAUUGGAUGCCAACAAGGCCUAUAUUCAAAUAACCUACGUGGAGCCUUACUUUGACACAUAUGAAAUGAAGGACAGGAUAACCUAUUUUGACAAAAACUACAACUUGCGUCGAUUUAUGUAUUGUACGCCCUUCACCUUGGAUGGCAGAGCUCAUGGUGAGCUGCAUGAGCAGUUUAAGAGGAAGACAAUCUUAACAACAUCACAUGCUUUCCCUUACAUUAAAACAAGAAUAAAUGUCAUUCACAAAGAAGAGAUAAUUUUGACACCAAUUGAAGUUGCCAUUGAGGACAUGCAGAAAAAAACCCAAGAAUUGGCUUUUGCAACACAUCAAGAUCCAGCAGAUCCAAAGAUGCUCCAAAUGGUUCUUCAGGGUUCAGUGGGCACAACAGUGAAUCAGGGACCACUAGAAGUUGCUCAGGUAUUUUUGUCUGAAAUACCUAAUGAUCCAAAACUCUUUCGUCACCAUAACAAGCUACGUCUUUGCUUCAAAGACUUCACAAAAAGGUGCGAAGAUGCUCUGCGGAAGAAUAAAAGCCUGAUUGGCCCUGACCAAAAAGAAUACCAGCGGGAGCUUGAAAGAAAUUAUCAUCGUCUCAAGGAAGCACUUCAGCCCUUGAUCAAUAGAAAAAUCCCCCAACUAUACAAGGCUGUCCUUCCUGCCUCUUGCCACAGAGAUUCCUUCAGCAGAAUGAGCCUUCGCAAAAUGGACAUCUAAGCAGCUUAAAAACACUUUGUUUUUAAGGUACUGAAAAGAAUGUGCAGUGUCACCAACUUCAGAACCUUUUAAUGAAGUUUUAUUUGAAAAUAAAACUUUGGGACUUCAUUAUGGACACAUUGCACACAUUUUACUUAAAGAAGCAUUAAGUGGCCAAAUUUUAAUUAUGAAUUAUGUCUUGUUGACCUAUCAGUUUAAAAAAGACUACCAAUGGCAACGAUAUUCCAGAUAUUGGUGAAAUUGUGUGAAUACAACCGUUUAAAAAGACUUUUUUAAAAUAUUCAAAGGUACGCUAAUGUAUCAAGCAUUUUUAGCAUUCUCUAAUGUUAAAUUUGUUUCCUUUUUAGUACAUGUAUUUAAUUUAUAAUAGGAACCUUUACAAAUGCAUUUUGAACCAUUUUUAAUGUAGUGUUUAUUUUAAUGGUACCAUUAAAUAUUUCAAUGUUUACACUA